AUGGAGCCGAGGCCGCCUGGUACCUUCACUCCUGACAGCGAAGGGGAUGGAUACCGUAACGGCGCGGAGUUCACCUGGGACGGGCUUUCUGCAGUGUGCGGUUCGCCCCCGCCGUUUCCUUCAUGUCAGUCUCCCUCUUCUAUGACUGCUGGCAAGCGGCCUGCUGGGAAGGCCUCUGCCCGGCUCAGGGAUCUCUUCAUGUCUCUGCUCCAGCAGAAGCCCCCAGUCUGGGGCGUGCAGGAAGGGCACGGUACGCGUUGGCUCGGAGUGCCGUGGGACUGUUGCAGCGCGGCCUCCUCUUGCGUCGACACCGCUUCCUCGUGGCGUUGUUGCGAGUCCGAGACAGACGCGCCAGCGCCUGGUGAGCUCUGUUACAGCGGAGAAGCGAACUGCCGUGGUCGGCGCGCGGGGCGUGUUGCGCCUGGUCACCCGCCGAGGGCCCUGCAUGCUCACGAGCCGCAGCGGAGGCCGCGUUCGGGGCCGUGGCGCCACGCAGUGUACUCUGACGCUCGGAGCCAGCAUUGUGAGGGCGGGCCGCUGGACAGUGCAGAAAAGGCGACAGCGCCGCGUGCAUGUCGCGCAGAAACUCUCCCGCCUUCGCGUUCCUUAGACGGGCUGUCCGCCGUGAGGCAUCUGCGUCGUCUGGCGGAGCUCGAGCAAGAGGCAGAAGCGGCCACGUUCUCGCAGCUGGAACGAAUCGCUGCUUCGCUGGCUUUCUCAGGGCGUCCCUCCAUUGCGGCGGCACGGCGAAGCGAAUGCUGGCACGGACCUAUGAGCGAGGAGCCUGAGGCGAGAGGAGGCAAAGGAGACAGCCCCGGAAACAGAGCGUCUGUGUACUCUCUUGCCGCGUCGCCCGCCUCGCAGCCAGACGCAGUGCAGAGCUCCAACGUAGCUUUCUUGGCCCUGUCUCCUCCGGAAAGAAGGCGCAGUCCCCGCGUGGCUCCCUGUCCGAUGCAGCGCGAGGAAAGCAGCGCCGCACCGGGUGAAGACGAAGUGCCGCAGCCCAGCGCAGGGACGAAGGCGGCGCGGGGCGAGGAGCCAAGCACAUCUUCCGCGGGGGAUGGAGGCGCGACCGGCCUUCUCGUCUCCACCUCCGGAACCUGUUGCGCUGCAGGCCGCGAACUCGAUCUCGCAAACCCGCUUCCCGCACGGGUCGGACAGGCAGACGCAGGCGCAGAGACAGCGGCCGAGUCAUGUGCUGCAGGGCUCCCAGCGAAGGCGCGACGGCAGGCAAGCCGACUGUGUUCUGAGGCGCUGCAGCUUGGGGACUGCGGUCGGGCUGGGGGCCGUGCUCAGGGCACGAGGCGCUGUGCGCAAAGGCCACAUGACGAGAUGGCCAGGAGCCUGUCACAACAAGAGGGGCUGCGCAUGUCUCUACUUCCAGCUGCAGCCGAGACUAACUUUGCGGACCGGCCGUUCACGUUCGAGGCAGAUCCAGAUGGGUGGGCGGCGCUCUCGCGGGCGCGCCGCUGCUUGCGCCGCCGAGGCGUCCCGCUCGAGGCUUUGGAGAGCAACACGGCGACUCUGCCGGGGAUGCUGUCUCUCCUCGUGACACCGAAGGGGCUAGCGGCGCCGUGUGUGGUGCCUGACGCGCUUCUUCAAGCGGCUCCAGUGCCCUCGUGGCUCCUGUGGUGGUUGUGUGGCCGCCGGGCCGCAGAGGCUGCGCGGCCUGAGGGGCGGGGCGGUGGGUCGUUAAGCCAUGCAGCGCGGGUUACGCAAUCGGCGGCAGGCUGCGACAGGAGCCAACGGCUCCGCAAGGACUGCGGGACUGCUGCUGUCGACCCGGGAGGCGCAGUUGCGUCGCGGAAACGAGCGGCUGAGGCCCCGCGCGGACUGCAGGAACUGAGGAGGUUGGUUAGAAAACCGGCGCCACCACGCGCGAACUGCAGUGCCUCGAAGGUUUGCCACGACCACGCGUUGUCAUCGGGAGAUGAGUCGGUUCCGAAGUCCCUCCUCGCUGGCUAUCAAACCCUCGCUGCGCAUGAUGCGGCCCCGCAUGGAAGCGGAGAGAGCGGCGAACGUGGCAGGGUACGAGAGGAUGGAGUGUCUCCGCAAAGCCCCGACCGGAGUCUGACUUGCGAGCAUGUUGCUGCGGACGCGCCAUCCGUGGAUUGUAGUCGUCCAGUGAGGCGCGGCUCGGCGGCUCAAGUCUGCAGCGCUCCAUCGCAGGACCGUGCAAGCGCCCCAGAAGUCGAUUAUUCGGCAGCAGCAGGCGGCGUUCCGGCGUUAGUCGGCGAUUUCGAUUAUUGUCGUGAAGGGGCCUGCGCCGAAGAGAGCAGCGUGGCAUCCUCUGGCUUUGCCUCGCAAGCAGCAGACGUGGCUGAUGCGUUCGCGUUCUCCUCCCUGGAAGGAGCUCUGCUCGCGACCUCUAGGCACACUGCGGAGGCCUGGUCGGCAUGCUCGCCUGCAGGAAGCCCUUUAACUGGGGGUCCCUCAGAAAGCAAAAACAAACGCUCGCGUCCUGCCACCGAGAGAGGAACGCCAAGCCGUCGGGGACCAGUUCCACGUGCUGCUCGAGACAACGAAGUGCCGCGUCGAAGAGCUUGCUCAGGUUUUGCGGGCCUCUGGACCGAAGGCACCGCUACGCCUUCAAGAGAUGAGGGUAGCGAUUCCUGUCUGGACAAGUUCAGCCCCCGCUCUCGCCCUGUGUUCAUUGAGCUUUGCACGGCUCGAGCGUCUGCAUGCGCGCAUGGAACUCCGCUUCGCAGAAGUGCGCCGGCCUCACGCGUCUGCACUCCGGCGAAGCGGCUCUUCGACUCCGGCGAGACUCGUUCGCUUCGAAGACUCCAUCCAGGUCGGACUCCCAGAGCAAGCUCACGCUGCAAAUGCAGAUUCGCUUCCGAUUUGCCGGCCUCCGCGUCUCCCCGCUCCCGCACACGAAUGGUGGUGGCCUCGGCGGUUGGUUCGCCGGCAUAUCCUCCGCUGGAGGUCCUGACCAUGUCGCCUCCAACUUCGAGUUGCGCACCGCGGCGGAGGAGGACCCACUUAGCCGCGGGCCAAGAGGCAAACCCCUCGAAGGGCCUGGCGCCUGAAUGCCGAGAGCUGCCGACGAGUGCGGCCUGCAGCCCGACGCGGCUGGUAGACCAUCCGGGAGAGGCAGCUGAAUCACGGUUGCAGGGCGCGCGCGGGGAAGAGAACAGGGACAGGAAAGGAGGCAGGGCACGCGAGAUGGAGGACAUGCGGCGCGGAGAUGACACGCACUGCGGGCGAACAGCCCGUGGUGCGGCUUCUUCUGGUGCGGACUCGAGCAACUGCGAAGCGCUGGGCUCGGCGAGCACAGCUCAUGCGUUGACUGCUGUAGAUCAAACGCCUUCGGCCUCAGGACAGGAACGGCACUUGUGUAAGAGUUCUGUCAAUGGCGAAAACUACAUGUCCAACAAUACAAGCGGCUGUCGCAUCAAGGUUGAAUUGCCUUUGAUCGAUGCCUCGAAACUUCAGGGAGGACGCAGCGAGCAACUCCAGCUCCGGAGUCAAAAAAUGGCGUUUGUGCCCGGGUCGAGUUGGUCGACAGCUCGCUCAAGAGGCCGCGAUUUGCCUCGGGCGCUCGUCAGCGCUCCCAGCACGCCUCAAGGACGCGUGCGAUUGAUGCUGCUGUUGGAGGCCGCCAGCGCCACUCCACUGGGGCUGCACCGCCGGAUGCGGCGCAGAGGCCAACAUGCGGUGCAGAAUCCGGGCUGCAGGGAGAAGAAAGAAGCGUCAGUCAUGUCAAACGCGUAUGGCAAGCUAUGGCCAAGCGGGGAGUUCUUGGCGAUGAGCCAGGCCUAG